GAUGCUGUCAGCUCUGCAUCUGCGUAUCAGCUGAGUGGGAUAAAAAGCACUCUCCUCACUCUGGGUCAAAACCCCGGCCAGGAAAAGGGCUCUGAUGGCAUUCUGGACAGUUUUCCUCUGUACCUUGGUGGCAUCGCUGCUUGGGGGGCUCUACCUCCUGGGGGUCUUUCGGAGACGAAGACCCAAUGAGCCACCUCUGGACAAAGGCAUCAUUCCCUGGCUGGGUUAUGCACUGGAUUUCAGAAAGGACAGUUCAGGGUUUCUAAGUAAGAUGCAGAGAAAACAUGGAGAUAUUUUCACAGUGCUGAUCGGAGGCUAUUACUUUACCUUUGUGAUGGACCCCUCCUGCUUUGGAGCCAUUGUGAAGGAAUCACGGUCUAAACUAGACUUUCUGACCUUUUCAGCUAAAUUGGUCCUCCAGGUUUUUGGCUACAAGUCCGACAAGAACAUCAAUAGUGCUCUGCAUGCUUUUAACACAAAGCAUCUGAUGGGAGAAGGACUCAGUCUCCUGACACAAGCCACCAUGGACAACUUCCAGAAACUGAUGCUUUUCAAGCUGAGCUCGGGAGAGGAGAAGCGACCGUGGCAAGAGGCUGGCCUCUUCCACUUCUGCUACAACAUCGUCUUCAGAGCUGGGUACCUGGCUUUGUACGGCACCGAGUCGCACCAGGGGACAGGGAACAAGGAGAAAGCUCACGAGCAAGACCUCAUCCACUCCAACCAGCUGUACACCGAGUUUCGGAAGUACGACCGCCUCUUUCCCCGCCUGGCCUAUGCCGUGUUGCCUCCCAAGGACAAAGUAGAAGCUGAGAGGCUGAAGAGGUUCUUCUGGAAUGCUCUGUCCGUGACUAAGAGUUCUCAGAAGGAAAACGUCAGUAGGUGGAUAAGUGAACAAGACCAGUUUUUGGCAGAAAGUGGUGUCCCUGACUACAUGCGGGACCGCUUCAAGUUUAUGAUGCUGUGGGCAUCCCAAGGCAAUACAGGCCCUACUUCCUUCUGGCUCCUCUUGUAUCUCAUGAAGAAUCCAGAAGCUAUGAAGGCUGUGAAGGGGGAGAUAGAGAAAGUCUUGAGGGAGCAUGGCCAAGAAGUGAAGCCAGGAAGCCCACCAAUUAACAUCACCAGAGACAUGUUAGCCCAGACUCCUUUUCUGGACAGUGCCGUGGAGGAGACCCUGAGGCUGGUGGCAGCCCCAAUCCUGAUCAGAGCCGUCCUCCAGGAUGUGAGCCUCAAAAUGAGUGGUGGCACAGAGUACACUCUGCGCAAAGGGGACCGACUGGCUUUGUUCCCACACCUCUCUGUGCAGAUGAACCCAGAAAUCCACCCUGAACCCCACGAAUUUAAGUAUGACCGCUUUGUCAACCCAGAUGGCACCAAGAAAGAUUUUUACAAGAAUGGCAAACGGCUGAAAUACUUCAACAUGCCUUGGGGGGCUGGUGUAUCCAUCUGUCCUGGGCGGUUCUUUGCUACAGCUGAAAUUAAAUUGUUUGUGUCCUUGAUGCUGACCCACUAUGACCUGGAGCUGGUCAACGACAAAGAGGAGAUUCCAGCCAUAGAUUCAAGCCGCUGGGGAUUUGGAACCAUGCAGCCUGUUCAUGAUGUUCAGUUCAGAUACCGACAACGUGUUUGAAAAAGCUGUGGUGUUCUGUUUGUUCAGAUGUUGCUAUGAAAUAAACUGCCCGAGUUGGUGGCUGCUGGAUCCGUGUGGAGCCAAUGCCAAUAUGUUCUUAUUUGCUUAACAGUA